GAAUCAUAAUUGCUCUAUCUUUCUUUGAAAAGAAAAAACUUCUUUGAAUUCCUACAAAGCCUAUUAGCUUGCAAUGAAAUGGAGUAGAGGCAAGGCCAUUGGCCAUGGCUCCUCGGCCGUUGUCUCCCUAGGAAAGUGCCUCCCUAGUGGAGAAUUACUCGCGGUCAAGUCUAUGGCUUAUUCGAGGUCAAAUGCCCUUCGAAAGGAGCAAGAAAUUCAUUCAAGAUUGAGAUGUGAUCGAAUUAUCGAGUACAAAGGGUAUGAUGUUACUCAUGAGAAUGGUAAGGUCUUGUACAAUAUUCUCCUAGAGUAUGCCUCUUGUGGUACGCUUGUUGAUGCAAUUCAGAAAAAAGGCGGUAGCCUAAGCGAUCCCUUGGUUAGACGGUAUACCAGCGAAAUUCUCCGAGGUCUAGAGUACCUACAUUUUAAAGGUAUAGUACAUUGUGAUAUUAAGGGUGCUAACAUUUUGGUAACAAAUGAUGGGGUGAAAAUUGGGGACUUUGGGUGUUGCAAGCAGGUUGAUGACAUGGCUGGAUUCAAUUCGUCCGUUACGGAGAUAAGUGGGACCCCAAUGUACAUGGCCCCUGAGGUGGCACGUGGCGAACAGCAGAGCUACCAGUCCGAUGUUUGGGCUUUGGGCUGCACUGUUUUUGAAAUGGCUACUGGGCUGAGUCCAUGGCCCAAUAUCAGCCAAGACCCACUUUCAGCCCUCUAUCAUAUCGGGUUUUCGGGUGCUAUGCCCGAAAUCAAAAUACCGGGCCUCUUAUCGGAUCAAGCCACGGACUUUUUGUCAAAAUGCUUGAAGAGAGACCCAAAAGAAAGGUGGUCAGUUGCUGAACUCCUUAAGCAUCCUUUUAUAAUAGAUGUUGGGCCAGACCAUGGGCCUAUUUCAGACACUCCAACCAGUAUAUUGGACCAAGGAAUUUGGGAGAUAUCGUAUUCAGCCCAGAAAAAUGAGGCUCAAGUAGGAUCUACCAAAUCUCCAAUUGAGAGAAUAAAGGAAUUGGUGGAAAAUUCAGAUUGGGAAGAAUUUCCUAAUUGGGCCAGUGAUGAAGAUUGGAUCACAGUGAGAUGCAACAAAACUACAGAAAAUGUUACUAGUGGGCUGGGCCUUUCUUUUGCCCAAAAUGUCAAGCCCAAUUGGUCAAGUAGAAAUCUCAUUUUUACAGUUGGGUUAUUAUGCUCAUCCGUUGAGCAGAACCUUCCAUUUGUUAGUUUUGAUAUGUUAAAUUGUUGUAGAGAUACAAUUUGUAGCAUGUAUACUUAUUGUAUAAAUUGUGAUUUUACUUGUAAUUAUAUAAUCUUAUGUCAUCUAAAUAAUAAAAAAAAAAAAAUUCAAGCAAUUUUUUGCCAAUCUUAGUAGCUUAGGAUUGCUAGCAUCUUACGAACAACAUUCUUUAGAACUAAGUCCUUAGUAACCAGAUAAUAUCGCAUAACAUAUAUUACAAUACAAUACAUAACACUUUCGCAUUUGGUAAUUCGAAUUGUGAUUCUUAAAACCAUGUAGGUAACU